AUGGCGGCCGCCUGGGCCCUUCGCUGGGCCGGGAGUCGACCUUGGCUGUUCCCGCCCUUCGCGCGCUGUCCCCGCCGGACUCUGCACAAGCACGUGGACGGUGCCGAGUUCCAGAGUAUCUACAGCCUGGACAAGCUGUACCCCGAAUCCAAGGGGGCAGAGACCGCGUGGAGGGUCCCGGAUGAUGCAAAGCAAGCCAGCAAUGACAUUCCUAUAGAUCGCUUGACAAUAUCUUACUGUCGGAGCAGCGGUCCUGGGGGGCAGAAUGUGAACAAAGUGAAUUCCAAGGCUGAAGUCAGAUUCCAUCUGGCCACCGCCGACUGGAUAGCGGAGCCUCUGCGGCAGAAGAUCGCCAUCAGGCAUAAAAAUAAGAUCAACAGGGCAGGAGAGUUGAUCCUGACGUCGGAAUGUAGCCGCUAUCAGUUCCGGAACCUGGCCGACUGCUUACAGAAAAUCCGAGACAUCAUCUCUGAGGCCAGCCAGGCCCCGAAAGAGCCGUCUAAGGAAGAUGCUGCCCUUUGGAAGAUCAGGGUAGAAAACAGGAAUCGGGAAAGACUGAAACAAAAGAGAAUAAACUCCGCUGUCAAAACGAGCCGAAGGGUAGAUGUGGACUGA